AUGGAGUUUUGGAGUCACUCCCACGAUGUCUCCAUCGUGGGUUCGACGCUGGUGAUCCCGGCCGUGACCGUCGCCAGCCUGGGCCAACUCGCCCUAGACGUGCUGAUCGAGACCCAGCAGGCAGACAAAAUCGGCAAUCUACAUCAUACUGCCUUGCUGCCCUGUGCCGGAUCCAAGUCCUUCGAUCACGUGAAGGACGCUGGUCCCGCCCUGGCCAUGGAGGUGUACAGGUCAGGCGACCUGGUCCUCCUCCAGCAAAGGGCGCCGGUGGCUGCCGGGUGUCAGUCGCACUUUGCACAGAGCAUCGCGUCCUGGGCUCAGGAGCAGGGGGUGGCACAGGUACUGCUGCUGGGGGGCCUGGAUGCCACGCUCCGCCGCGGCGAGCAGCUGGACGGCGCGCAGCAGCUGCGGUACUGGCAGGCGGGCGAGGGCGUGCUGUCUGGGGCGCUGCACGCGGGCGCGGUGCCCCCGCUGGAGGAGUCGUGGUGGGAGGAGCAGGCGCUGCGGGAGUGGAGCCUGCCGCCCUGGCCACUCGCGGCCGCCUGCGCCGACCUGGGCCUCCCCGUCGCCGCCCUGCUGCGCUUUGCUGCCGAGGGCAACAACGCCGCCGAUGCCGUGGAGCUGGCGGGGGCGGCGGCUGAGGCGCUGGGGCUGGCAGCACGGGACCUGCGGACGCCGUCGACCUGGCAACACGUGUUUGGCGUGCCGCCACGGUGA